UUCCAAGUGCAGUACGAGAUUCAGUCGAGAUGGCCAGUCGCGACGCUUAGUAAACUCUUUUGCCGCAAGUGAUUUGCGGCUUUUGGUGUCAGAUAAGGAAGGAUCCUUCGUCGUGAUGCCCGCGGGCAUGUUUCAGGAUAAGGCUGUUCAAGCAAUGCAAAAAAACUUCAAACCAGUCACUUGUAAGCCGGCUUCUGUUAAGAAGAAGGCAUUGGCAUUAUUGUCAGACCUAAAGCUUGAACGACUGAGGUCCUUGGCGAAGAAUUCAAAAAGCCUGGAGUUGCAGGUGUUCUUCUCCGCCAAGACGCAUAAACCCGAUGUACCCUUUCGGGCAAUUGUGUCGGAGCGUGGCUCGUGGCAACACGUUGUCUCGGGCUACUUGCAAACCCACCUCAGCUCGUUGAAUUUAGUGGAUCCAUUCUUGGUUAGGAAUUCACUACAGGUUGUUGAUUUCUUGGGUAAUCAGAACCUUUGGGAAAAAAAGUCUGCCUUCAGUGUCGAUGUUCAGGACCUGUUCUACUCACUGCCGCAUAAUUUUCUGUUACUAUGUGUUAAGGAAACUAUCACUGAACUGAAUGAAGAAACGCGGUUUGUUGACAAAUGUGGUAUUUCUGUUCAAAGUUUCCUUGAACUUCUUCGUUUUUAUCUUGAUUCUACUUUUGUUUCUUGGCAAGGGGAUUUGUUUGUUCAGGCCUCAGGUGUAUGCAUAGGUUCCAGAGUUGCCCCGGUCCUAAGUGACAUAUUGUUGAGUAGAAUUGAUCGCGAUCUAGAAAGAGAUUUUGAGGGUUGGGGGACUCGUAUAUUUAGGUAUGUGGAUGAUUACUUGGUUUUUUUGGAUAGUGUUAGUAGCUUACAUGAUAAGGUGAACAUUCUCAAGGCAUUUAGGGAAAGGGGGCAGGGUCUUCAGUUUACGUGUGAAGUUCCCAAUGAAAAGAAUGAGCUUCAGUUCCUUGACCUAACAUUGCGAUUCCAGGAUGCGCAUGUCUGUUGGUUAUACGCUCCCAGGUCGGCUAAACCCCUCCUAAACUUUAAAUCUGCUCAUUCUAAACUGGUAAAAAAUGGUAUAGUCACUUCAUGCCUUCACGCAGCUGUCGCAAAAUCUUGUUUCCAUGCCACAGAGGAAAGCUUUCGUAAUCAGUGUGAUCGGCUUAAGACAGCGGGUUUUCCCACCGCCUUUCUCGUUUCUGCUUCCGAGCGUUUGCUAAAGAAAGUAAAUAGUAACGCGCAGCCCACCAACCAACCAGCAACCUCUCAACGCGAGCAAAAGCGUUUUGCAGUGAUUCCCUAUGUACAUUCCAUUUCACAUAGAUUAAAGAAAGUUGGGGGGCAGUAUGGGGUUGACGUUGUUUUUUCAAGUGGGAAUAAAUUGGGUAGCUUAUGUGGCAAGAUUCAUAGACGCGUUAAGGGAAUUACGAGGGCGGUUGAUAACACUUGUUCAAUCAAGCACGUUAAGAAGUAUACCGCAUGUUCGACCGGGGUAGUCUAUAAAAUUCCUUGCUCGUGCGGGAGUGUCUGCAUAGGACAGACCGGUAGAUGUAUUAAUAUUAGGCUACGGGAGCAUGAAAAUUCU